CACCCUUCCUCUCUGUUUGCCUUCCUUUCGCUCAUACUCUCGGGCCUUUCCACGCCACGCCCUUCAUUACUCCGCCGCGAGAUGCGAAAUGGCACGUCUUAACGCGCGCCCUUCUUCCCGAUACGAGUCAGAGACACCAGGCCGUACCGCGACGUCCGAUCAAGAAAACCAAGAUCCGCGCCCGCGAAUGGAGAAUGGCAAGGGCCGCGCUUCCGACAGACCGGCUUCUCGUGCCAGCCUGCCCACACCCUCCUCCUACGACAGCGAGAGCGACACGACGCGAGGGCAAAAGAGGAAGCGAGGUGGUGAGCAAACACGCGAGGAUGAGUCGGAUGAGGAGGAGGCUCGCUUCAACCGCUACUUUGACCCCAACCAAGAUCCGGAGGAACGUAGAGAGGUGAAGAGGAAGAGUCGCGCGCUCGAGCGCGAGUUUCAUGAGACACGUGAUGGCCUGCUUCGCGAGAGCGGCACCGGCUUACGACGAACCGUACGCCUGGCGGAUGAAAUCUACCGCGGUGUCAAACAGACCAACGAUGCCACUCUCGAUUCCCGUCUGCUCGUCAAUGUCUCCGACUUGGCUUACAAGAAGACCGCGCAGCUCGUCCUCGGGGACAGCUCCACCGGCGUGGACGUGGACGAGUUCCUCUCCAAGUGCAUCACGUACAUGCGAAACGGCGGCCCGAUCGAUCGAGAGCAGGAUGAGGAGGCAGCAGCCAACCCGCGGAGGAGAAGGAAUCGGGAGCGCGAGGACAGUGAUGAUGAAGGGAACGACAAUGAGCCGCUCGACUGGGCAUUCCUUGGCUUACACGCCUGCUUCCCCUACAAUUCCCGACCAUGUGUUCCCUCAUUCCUGCUCGGGCCGCUGUCGGUGGAGAAGAAGCAUCGGUCUCAAACUCAGCGCCGUGCCCGCCAGGCCAAGGACGGCGCGCAGAGAGAGGCGCGGCCGGAAGCACUCUCGCGCGAAGAUCUCUCCCGUUCCGACGAGAACACCCUGACGGCCGUUUGCAAGCGCAUCAACAGUCACCUCAUCAAGCAUGUUCAGCGUGCAGAGACGGCGCUUGGACAGGCUGGCUUCACAUCGAUCGAGGAGUUGGAGACGCAGCGCGGCAAGGACAUGCUCAAGAAGUAUCGAGUGUCGGAUACCGGUGGCCCUUCUCUCUUCGACUACGUCUUGAAUCCGAGAAGUUUCGGGCAAACGGUGGAGAAUCUCUUUUACGUCAGCUUCUUGAUCAAGGAGGGCACGUUUGGCAUUCAGCAUGAUUCCCAGGGUUUGCCGACUGUUGUCCCAUCUGAGCCCAGCACACUCGAGCAGCAGCGGGCAAACAAGACGAGCAAGCAUCAAGCCGUCUUCUCCAUCGACUAUUCUACGUGGCAGGAGUUGAUUGAGGCGUUUGAUGUUCGGGAGUCGUUAAUUGAGCAUCGGCGGGAGGAGGAUGAUGCAGCGGUUGGGCAGCGGGGAUGGUAUGUUUGAGUGAUGCUCCCACGGCUAUUUCAACGCCAGAUCAUGGGCAGCGUUUAGUUAGGCGGCGCAUGAUACCCAUUGCCACUGUCUUCACCUGAAUUAUUGUGGACUUUCCACAUCCCUGCA